UGACGUCACAGGUGGCUAGAUGAGCCUCCCUGCAGCGCUCGAUUCGGCGAUAUCAGUUUUGGGACUGGAAGUUGAGGGGGAAGCAGCACGGAGCCCGGAAGGCAUCAGGUGUACGGGCAGACAGGCAGGAGAGAAAGAGGAGAGGAGAACCAGAUGAAUGAGCUCAGUGGCACCGGACAUGUGUUAAGAGGAGUACUAUGCUUUGCUAUGUGCGAACCGAGAUCAGAAAUGAGAAAGUCAGUGGGAGGGAGAUGAAGUUGUGGUAGUUAUCUGGCAGUGGAUGGAUAAAAUGCUGCUGGGAAAACAACACUUCCACUAGUUUCUGUUUGGAUUUAUGCUGUGGGUAAUCUUAGACUCAGCUGGACCAUGACUGGGAUACAAAGGAGGCAGCGGAGGUCCAUGUGCAAAGGCCUGGUCCUGGGCACUGUCCUGACCAGCUGCAUGAUCCUCGUUUACUGUCUCUCCAGCCCACAGAUCCACUUCGAUUUUCCUGAUGUACCGGUACCGUACUCCUGCGCUCACCUCCCGUCUCAGCUGCACCCCAAACCAAUCACCAACAUUUCACAGAACAACACCAGCCAAAUGUGCGCUCCUAAAGUGGACGUUAUGUUCAUGAAAACCCAUAAAACAGCCAGCAGUACCUUCCUCAAUAUUCUUUUCCGCUUUGGAGAGAAACACCAGCUGAAAUUUGCCUUCCCCGACAGCAGGAAUGACUUCUUGUAUCCAGCUCUUUUCCAGCGUUCUCAAGUCAAAGAUUACAGACCUGGAAUGUGCUUCAAUAUUAUCUGUAAUCACUUGCGUUUCAAUGCACCUGAAAUCGACAAGUUGCUCCCUAUGGACACAGCCUAUAUCACUAUUCUGCGGGACCCUGCAGAACUUUUUGAGUCAUCCUUCCACUACUUUGGCCGGCUGGUGCCUUUUACCUGGAAGAUACCAGGUGAUGACAAGCUGUCUGAGUUCCUACUUGACCCCCAUAAGUACUUUGACCCGGAGGGAUUCAACUCUUUCUACCUCAAGAAUCUGCUCUUCUUCGACUUUGGACACGACAACACUCUGGAGCUGGAUGACCCACGGGUAGAAGAAGGAAUCAAGUCCAUCACUGACCGUUUUCAGCUGGUCAUGUUGGUGGAACACUUUGAAGAAUCACUCAUCCUCCUCAAGGAGGCCCUCUGCUGGGAGAUGGAUGACUUGCUCUUCUUCAAGCUCAACGCUCGGAAGGGAUCCACCGUGUCUAAACUUACCCCCGAGCUGCGGGCCAGGGCCCUUGAGUGGAACGCUAUUGACUGGAAGCUAUACCAGCAUUGCAACCAAACUUUUUGGAAGAAAGUGGACGCAUAUGGACGGCAGCGUAUGGCUGAGGACGUGGCAGAGCUCAGGAGGAGGAACGAACAGAUGGCAUCUAUCUGCAUUGAGGGGGGUCGAGCUGUGGAGCCUGGCAGCAUCCAAGAGACGGACAUGCAGCCCUGGCAGCCCUUGGGAGAGAAGUCUAUCAUGGGUUAUAACUUGAAGAAGAAUGUGGACCAAGCUAAUGAGAAAUUGUGCCGCAAGAUGUUGAUGCCAGAGAUUCAGUAUCUAACUGAGCUCGGGGUGAACCUCUGGAUCACCAAGCUGUGGGGGCAUGUUCGUGAUAUCAUUCACUUGUGAUUAGGUGUGUGGGCAAGAGUUGCCAAUUCAACUCUGAAGGACUUUGUCUGUGUUUCAUUUUCUGUCUCGCUUUGUUGAGUGGUCCAGAUUCAGUUGUUUGCAGUAUGUGUUGAUUGUGCACUCUAAUGUAUCUGAAGGGUGCUUAAGAAAAAAAAAACUUGCUGACCUCACAAUCUACAAAUACUGAACCAGUUGACUUAGUAUUGUUCUCUGUUUGUGGGUCAAGCAUUGCAAUUCCCUUACUCUCAGCUGGUUCUAAUGGAGUGGUUGAGUGAAAAAUGACGUCUAAGAAUAACUUUCUACGCCCUGUGAUUGAAUGCGGAGCCUUUGUUGUCAUCACUGCCAAAGUCUGCCGCUUUUUGAAGACAUGGGGGGGAAAAAAAGUACAUCACAUGAAAAUGAUAUCAAACUUUCUGGUGUCCGUUCCACAAAAUGUUUAAAUUCUAUGAGACUUGUGCAAAUAGUUGUGAAAAUACUGAAUGUAAGUAUUAGAUGCAACUUUACAAUUUAUGGAGGACAAAAUUAGCUGUGAUAACAAAAGAAUUAAAAAAGAAAAAAAAAAAGACACAUACAUAUGAGCAAAUAUGGACCAGAUAAACAGUAAAACACAGAUUUGGUUAAUAACAUUAUUAUUCACAUUAUUCUGUUUCAUGGAAAAUGUCUGGCAAAUAAUAUUCAAAGAAAUCAAUAACUAAAAAAAGCAUCUGUGGUUCUAUGCAAUCAAAAACCAUAAUAUUAUACUAUUACUCUUAAUUACAUGUAAUCUCACCUGCUCUUUUGCCAAGUUUGUUGAUGGGUUAAUUUUGUUGUUGCACUUGCAUAGUGAGCCACACCCUAAAAAGUAUCUGCAGUAACAAGAGAAAUUAAAUUGAGAAAUGCAUUUAUUAUUUUUUACUUGUCAACACACCACAUUGCUCUCUCAGUACUUGUUUUGUAACCAUUGGAGCCUAUUCCAUCUGUGAUCUAGCAAAAGGCAGGGUACACCCUGGACAUGUCUCCAGUCUAUCACAGGGCUAACACAGAGAGACAGACAAGCAUUCACACCUAGGUAGAAUUAAGAAACACAAGUUAACCUAACGAGCACGUCUUUGGAUGGUGUGAGGAAGCCGGAGUACCCGGAGACACAGGGGAACAUGCAAACUCCUCACAGGAAGGCCCCAGUCAGAUUCAAACCUAGACCUUCUUGCUGUGAGACAUCAGUGCUUUGUGUCCAUUCACCAAUAUAACAAUUUAUUCUGUUAUGCUGCACAUUUGAUAUUUUGUUUUGUAUCUCUUAACUGAUUCUGUUCAUAUUUUAUUAAUUCGCUGAUUUUGUCCUCCAUACAAUUCCCCACUGCCACAAGCAAAAUAUGAUAAUCUUUAUACUCUCAAUGUAAAGGGAAAAUGAAAUACUGUACGUAGUCUGUGACUGAGUAUUUCAUCCCUGUUACCACAUGUGUAAUGAGUAACAGGACUGUUAUUGACUUUUUGUGUACGAAUGUAUUGAACCUCACAACAUCUUUGAAUAAGAUAAAGAAUAUUACUUGCUGAAAUAUUGAGCUAAGUUAAACUGCAGUGCGAACGAAUAAUGUGAGAAGAUUGGCUUGUUAAAUGUUAGUUUGGGUUUCAGUUAAUAUACCAAAGUGACAGCAGUCCCUCACUGACCCAUUAAAGUAUUUCUUUUGUUGAUCAGUGUUAGAAAAUCCUGUGAAAAUAAAAAAUAAAAAAAUCAA